AUGUCGACCUCAUCGCCCGAUAUAAUCGACGUCCUCGUCUCUGAGGGUUACAACAUCUACACCCAGGUCAGCUCCGCCCUAUACCCGCAGAUCAGCUCGGUCGUAGACGGUAUUACCAAUACUCGAACACGAUCAACGACAGACGCUACGGCCACAGGCGAGUCAUCCUCCCGCUCGAGCAGCUCGUCAACUUUCGCGACCUCUACCAGCAGUUCUGCAUCGUCCUCAGCAAGCUCGAGCUCGUCUCGAGCCACAUCUGCAGCGGCCAGUGCAUCAUCGGCUGCCGCCGCGGCUGCAAAUCAAGGCAAUGGUGGUGGCGGAGGGGACAACAAGCUUCCCAUCAUCCUAGGAUCCGUGCUCGGUGCUCUUGCUCUGGGUCUCUUCAUACUGGCUCUUCUCUUCUGCUGUCGCCGUCGAAGACGCCGUUCCCGCGCUGCAUCAGCUCGCCACAGUGCUCUCAGCCCUAAUGACGAUGAGAUCGAUGGCUGGCGAGGUCAUCCUCAGCAUGCCAGGCGAUUCAGCUCCGAAAAGACUCUCCUUGGAGCGGGAGCGAUGGGAGCAGCAGGCGGAGCCAUGGCUGGUCGCCAUCGAGACUCCAAGGACCAUGCUAGGGUCCACGAGAAUCCCUUCACGCCCGUGCCGCCUCCACCUCGUAGGAGUACUCCAAACUCCCGUCCUGGGCUGACCGAUGGCAUGGUACCAGGCGAUGAUGCCUACAUCACAGAGAAGGGUUCUCACAAGCCCUGGAUGGGUGGCAGCCGAUCACGAAGCAGCUCUGGUCACGGAAAGGAUCUUGCUCUCGGUCUGGGUGGGGCUGCUGUUGGCGCAGCGGCACUGCACCACCACAAUCGAAACAAGAGCGAGGCCCACGAGACCGACGCCUUGAUGACCCAACCGGAAAGAGAACACACUAUCAGCAGGAAGCCGGUGCGAACGAGUGGUGUUAGCAGUCCCGAGCCUUGGUCACCCGAACCGCCUCCACCAGUUCACGAGCCAGGCACUUUCGUUGCUGCCGGUAGUGACCGCCAGAGCUUCGACUCUGCUCGCAGCCGCCUCAGCCGUGAUGCUACACGUGCUAAUGCAGCAUUUGACAACGGUUACGGCAGUCCUGAGCAUGGAAUCUCCAAGCCUACUGACGAGCAUGGACAAGGUGGUAUGGACAAAGCGGCCGCUGCUGCUGGCGUUGGAGCUCUCGGUGGCGCAGCUCUAGCCCGUCGCCAUCAUGACAAGCAUGAAUAUGAUAUCAGCUCCGGCUCGAACACUGCGGUUGCUAGUCCAGCUAUGGCUCAUGCACAUCCAGAGAGGAACAGUCGUAUUCAGAAUACACUGGAUGGCGCGCACGACGAUGCUCAUCACAACAGUCUGGGCACGACAGCUGCAGCGGCUGGGUUGGGAGGCGUUGGCGGAGCAGCCCUGGCUCCUCCAAGUCGCAACAUUGGUCGAGACAGCAAGCAUGAGCCAUUCGGGCACACGGCUAUCUAUGGUCCUGACACUUCAUUUGCGUCGACGCAAGGCCUUCCCCAGUCGGCAGUGCAGAGGCAUGACGUUGACGACCUUCGCACACCAGACCACCCCGUCAUGAAUGAUCACCAAGCUCAGCAUGCGAUUAAUACCGGCGCUGGUGCUGGAGCAGGAGGGCCUGCUUUUGCUGAUCACCACGAUGGCAGCAACCGCUUCUCAGGGUCUACAUACCCCGGACACCCAGUGGACCGAGCACCCCACGACGACCAUGUUCCUCAGCAAGGACUUGACUAUCCGAACUCAGCGGAUCAAGUCAGUGCACGUCACUCCAGUAGCCACCCGGGUGUAGCCUCAGCCGUCGCAGCAGCAGGUCCGGAGGUCUCGCCGGCGCCGCCAUCUCACACCACCACGACAACAAGCGUGAGUCUGGCAGAUCAUGGAUCCGCGAUCCCCAAACUGGUACACUCGUCGACUCCCGAGCCCAUGACUCGGACACCUCCAAGACAUCCUCCACAAGCCAAUACUCCGACGCCGUCGCCAACCCACCCACCGCCCAACCCCAACCACAGAUCAAAUUCAAUGCCACCUGAUGAACGAGUAUCAUUCUGCUGA